CCUCCCGAGUACUAUAAAGCUCAGCUCUAUGUUAUAGACACAUCACUCGAAACACAAACUCAGCUUCUACGUUUAAUUUAUUCACUACUGGCUUUGAUAUCGGCACACAGCCAUGACAUCCAUUAUUGAGUCAAAACUUCGUACCGUCAUUCUUGCGACCGACCAGUAUUCUAUCCCGAGUACAGGAUAUGCACGCGACGACACCUACAUAUUUUGCGACGACUGCCGGUUGGGUCUGCUAUCAGCCAACCCUACCAAGAAGGAGGGUUGCCUGAGAACCAAGAACCUGCAAAUCCACUGUGCUCGAUUUACCGUUUCUAGCGAUGGGGCUGCGAUUUGGACCAGUGGUGAUGACGGCGACGCCUUAUCGCGAAUAGACGGGGCGGAUGCAAGCAACGUGACUAUCACCGCGAGCGAGUGGAACGUGACUUUGCCCCCAUCGGUUGAUUUGGACAAACCAGCAAAAUUCAACUCACAGAUGCCAUUGCGCAUACUUGCUCGAGGGGGUAGUGGCGCAAACGGUCUAGACAAGUCGCAUCUAACUGCCGUCCCUGGAGGCAAUGGAGGAAAAGCGGGGAAUGGGGGCCAAGUUAAGAUCCUAGCCAACACUGCAUUGGACUGUGCUUUGGUCGACCUCGGGGAAUUCACAACAGAUCUCGACGCUGUAAUUACUGAUUUUGCGACGUUGAGGAGUUGGGCAAGCUUCGUAAAACAGAAAUUCCAGAAGGUGAAAAGCCUUGCUUUGACCAUCGAUUCUCUGCAAGCAUUACUCGGCGAGGCCCCGAAAGAGAUAGACGUUGCCAAUGAGCUCAGCAUCAGGAAACUUGUCCAAAAAAUUGCCAGUCAGCUGAGCAACCGUAGCGAGACGUUCAUGUCUCGCGUAGGAGCGGAUACCGGACCUGGGACGUAUGGACGAGGUGGCAAAGGCGCUCCCGGUCAAGUCGCAGGCAACAACGGUCAUCCAGGAACUUCCGGUUCAUACACAAGAUCUAUUUUGGUUAACGAUAUCUUCUUGGAUUCAGACUUCAUUAUUAUGCAUCCGGAUCAGGUCGCUAUGGCCGUAAGAAGGAUCGAAAAUCUCUACUAUGUUGGGGAGAUAGAAAAGACGUCGGCCGCUGUCUCAUCGCUUCUGGCUCGCCUAGACUGGCUAGACAGUGUUAAGGAAGAUUCACCGAUAUGCGCCACUUACCGAAAAGACGAGAGGUCCCUUUUCAUCGUACCAUCUGACUCCAGUAAUGAGUUUCCUCAUUCCAUCAACUCGUUGAAGUCGAGUAAAGAAAAACUCAUAGCAUACUCAACACAGCUCAUUACAAGUGAUUUCUACGGGCACAGUCCUACAUGGGUGCCACGAGGAGGACCCACGUUCUAUGCCGACACAUAUGCUAACAUAAAGAAGGAUUCUCAGAACUUGGGGCCUAUCUUUACGAAAUUUCAGACAUUGGCAAGGGAACAUGUCAUGACCGAAAGUGAAAGAGUGUCCGCACGUGUGGCCGCUUCGUCAUCCAUAACCCGUGCACGAGGAGACAUCGAAGAGUUGAAAGAAAGGAUGAAAGUUUCUGAAGAAAAAAUUCGGAAAUACCAUAAAGCCCUAGCCACGGACGUCACGGCCAUAAACAGGGAAAUGGAGAAAGCUCGGUAUGAGGUAUCGGGGACGUGGAAUUUCAAUAUGAAGAAUUUUGUCUCGGCAGCAUCUCAAUUUGUGUUUGCCCCAGGAGCCGCCAUGGGUGUUGUGCAGUUGGUCGGCCUGCUCGAAACGGCGCACCGUACGGUCCAAGAUACCUCCGGCCUUGAAGUAGACAAGACCUAUGUGAUAGACCAGCUCAAGGUAAUGAAAUCAUCAAUCAAGGAUAUCGACAACACGAUCACUACUGGCUCAGAUUCAGCGACCAUUUCCUUGAACGAUCCAAACGGAACCAAAGUUCUCGGCGAUCAGAAGGAUAUCGAGGAAUGGACAAGCAAAUAUGUGGACGCCAUCGGGGAAACGACUGCAAAGAAGUUGAAAGAAGCGGUGCAGACGUUCGUCACGCGAACACAACAAAGAAACAGCGAGAUUCUGCAAUACAACACAUAUAUAUCGUUAUGGAAACAGGCGCUUGCCACCAUACAAUCCUCGCAAAAGAUCGUGGACACCACGACCGAGGAAUUGGCACUAAUGGAUGGGAUGAUACCAGCGUUUGCGGUGGCGGUAGAACACGCUUAUUACAAUGUUACGGCGACGCUGAUGAAACUACUCUACAAAAUGAAUCGCGCAAUAACAUUUUUUACGCUCGAUACCAACACAGAUCACUUGUCGGCGUUAAGAGAAUUGGGGUUCCCGUCGCCCGUUGAAAAAGACCCCGUGCAAGCCGCAAUGGACUCUGCUUACAGCGAUCUCAGCGUCGCUCUUACCAAUGCUAUCGAAAAUCAUGCAGCCAAUGUCUCACAGGCGUAUGGGGCCAACCAUUCCAUGAAAUAUCACCUGGCACCGGAGUUCAUUGACUCCCUCAAAGUGCUGCAUGAGGAAGCCGGGAAGUACCAGAUUCAAGUAACCAUUCCACCGGCAUACAAAGAAACAAGGCAAGACGAAAAUCCUUUCUACAGUUAUUUCGAUGUCCGCAUCUCAAAGGUACGAUUCUACAUCAAAGGCGUCAAGCUUCCACAGGGAGAAAAUGUCGAAAACCUAUCAAUCCUAAUGACACACGGAGGAACGUCUACCGUAGUUGAUGGGGGGAAUCUAGAACAUGUAUUUGAACACGGAAAGAUCCAUCUUGAGUUCAGAUACAACGCGGCAUCGAAGAAAAAAGAAGUUCUGAUGGAUGGUGAUGUACUGGAGAAAAUAGCAGGGCCAAACGGUGUACAGGAACUCGCAUUCCCUAGCCCAUUUGCAGAAUGGACUCUGACAAUAUCGAGUAUCUACCAUGAUGGAAGCCUGGAUCUCUCCGAGGUAACGGAUGCAUGGUUCGAAUUCGAGGGAAGAGCGCGUGCGUUUAGCGAUGACUACGACUCGGACUAG